AUGGCACGCACGCGCUUAAGCCGGCCGUCUGCAACCCUCACGUCGACCGGUAUGCGGCAUGACCGUCGUGCCAUCAUCCUGUGUCGUCCGUGGUCACCGGCCUGCAACAGGGCCGAGUGGCAGCAACAGACAGGUGCACGAUUCCUGUCGGGAAGCCCUGCCGUGCGACGCAAGACCUUGCCCAAACGCGCGUGCGGCAUGCUGGGCGUCCUUCAUAUCUACAUCGUAAAUAUGUGUACCCACCUGAAAGAGGAGGCAGGGAGCUCGCUGCGAGCUUAG